AUGCCUGAUGGGAGCUUCCAUGUUGUCCAGAGGCAGAUGGAAGUGUACACUGUCACAGUGGCAACUGGGACAUCUGAAUAUUCUGGCACCAACAACUACAUAUUUGUGACCCUGAUUGGAGAGAAUGGGGAGACAAAGACUCUGCUCGAUGAUUCCUCACCAGAACUGCUAAACCACAGGAAGAAUGAGCUGCAAGAGCAACAGAAGACCUACAGGUGGGUAACAUGGGCCAAAGGGAUUCCCAGAUGCAUUGAUGCCAAAACAGAAGCAGAUUUACCCCAAGAUGUCCGCUUCGACAAUGAGAAAAGAAGUGAUUUUGAACAUUCACUGCACUACGCUUUGCUGGAGUUGUCUCUGAAGAAGCUUGCCAUCACGUUUGGGAGGUCUUGGAGCGACUUGGAUGACUUCAAACGGAUCUUUUGGAAACUGAGAAGCCCCAUAGCUGAAUACUGCAUGGAGCACUGGAAGGAGGACUGGUUCUUCGGCUACCAGUGUCUAAACGGCUGCAACCCGAGAAUGAUCCACAGGUGCAAAAAGUUGCCAGAGAACUUCCCUGUUACUGCAGACAUGGUUCAAAGCUCCAUGGCUCCAAAGACCACACUGGGCCAUGAACUGAAGGCAGGAAACAUCUACCUGAUAGAUUACAGCAUCAUGGAUGGGAUUCCUGCCAACACGAUAAAGGGUAAACCUCAGUACAUCGCAGCUCCACUCUGUCUCCUGUACCAACAUCCCGACAACGGACUCAUACCUAUUGCCAUACAGCUUGAGCCCACUCCUGGAAUAAAUACACCCAUAUUCCUGCCCAGAGACCCCCCUCUGGCUUGGCUCCUGGCUAAGAUGUGGGUGCGUCACUCGGAGUUCCAGAUCUUCCAGCUCCUUUCCCACCUGCUCCGGACUCACCUUGUGGUUGAAGUGUUCGGUGUGGCGUCUCUGAGACAGCUGCCCGUUGUCCACCCUGUUUAUAAGCUCCUGGCCCCUCAUUUGCGCUACACACUGGAGAUAAACUGUAGGGGGCGCACUCAGCUGAUCUCUGCCAACGGCAUCUUCAAACGAGUUGUGUCUACGGGUGGGGAUGGGCUGCUGAUUCUGGCCCAAAGAGAGUACAAGGUUCUGACAUACCGCUCCCUUCAGCCCCACCAUGACUUCAUUGACAGAGGAGUCUCCCAGCUCCCAAAAUAUUUCUACAGAGAUCACACUCUGAUGCUGUGGGAAGCAAUUCACAAUUUUGUAUCAGGUAUGGUAAGCCUGUAUUACCACACAGACCACGAUGUGCAGAAGGACCCGGAGCUCCAAGCCUGGUUCAGAGACAUUUCAGAAGAAGGUUUCACUGAGCUUCCCAGCUUUGGUAAGGCAACAAUAAACAUUUUUUUUUUUACAUUUAGCAUGAAUACAGAUGUGUUUAAGUGUCUGCCAAGUAAGCUAAGUGGCAGAGAAGAACUCUCCACCCUGUUAGCAGUGGCCAUCUUCACCAGCACAGCUCAGCAUGCAGCAACCAACAACGGACAGUUUGACUGGUGUGCCUGGGUCCCCAACACCCCCUGCACAAUGAGACUCCCUCCACCAUCAGAUAAAGAUGCUGUCACCAUGGAGAUGAUCAUGGCCUCUCUCCCUGAUGUCAGCCAGUCCUGUGUGCAGAUGGCCAUCACAUGGCACCUGGGACGAGCUCAACCAGACGCAAUUCCUUUGGGCCAGUACACAGAAGACCACUUCACUGAGGAUCAGGCCCUGGAGCUUAUCGAUGAGUUCAGGAAGAAGCUGAAGGAAAUUGAGGAGCACAUCCUGAACCAGAACGCAGGACUGGAGCUGAAGUAUCUGUUCCUUCUGCCCAGCCGUGUAGAAAACAGCAUCACUAUUUAG